CGGUCGCUCAGUCAGUUGCAUUGCGGCCAUUUACGUGGAAAUAAGUCGCUUGCAGACGUCGCAGUCGCACGAAAUACAAAUUCGCUUUGGCGCAUCGGCAUUACGGCACUUCUCGGUUUGGCGCGCGAAAUUUCCGGCAAGCGGCCAAAUAGUCGCAAGCGCGUUGCUGGGCUUUUAAGGCAUUAAGUGCGCUUAGAUUUGACGGUCAGUGCACUGUGCGAGGCUGGCUCGUGGUGUUUGGCCUGUGUGUGUUGGUUUGCAGCAGCGGAUUUUGUGCGCCGAUACGCUUAUUGCUUCCACUUGUUUUUUGCUGCUGCUGCUUCGAAUUUUCAAAAUCAUCGGCAUCAACUACUCAAAUCAAAGCCAGUCAAUAGUGGAAAUCCAAUUUAAGUGAUUCGACUUAAGAGGCUUGCAGAAAGUGUGUGAAAAAAUGUUCAUAUUAAGACGGCCAUUGCUUUUGAUUUGGUGCCUGGUUAUGUGUGUGGGGCUGAUGAAACUGCACUGCCAUGGUGUACCCACUGCCAAUGCAAAUCAAUUCACACUAGCAACAACAACAACAACAUCAGCAAAUGAUACUACAACCAUAGAUAAGCUAAUGGCACUUAAGGAAGGCAAUGACCAGAAAAGUGUACAUUAUAAAAAUGAAAUGCCUGAAGACCGACGUGCACCAGCAACAACAACAACUAGUACAAGUAGACGAAAAGAGGACACAGUGACAGUCUCUACAACCACUUAUGAUCAGCACGCUUACGUCACAAAUAACAGCAUCGACAUUGCGUUGACACCGAUGAUGAGCCUUUUGCCGCCUAAUGUGGCUUUUAGCUUAAAAGCGUCCGCAAAAAUGUCACCGAAGGACGCAUCGAAAACUGCCGCCACUUUCGACACUGAGCGCGUGCAGAACGUACGAUAUGAGCAACAACAAAAUGACAAACAACAACAACAACUGCCCACCAUCACGCGCGCAAUGCAAGUGGCACGCAUCUACGAGUCCUUCCGCGCGCUGCCCGAACUCGACGUCCACAGUGCCGCCGGCAGCGCGCCGCGUUUCAAGCGCAUGUCGGAUCUAGCCACGGACGACACGCCGCACGCAACAGCCAGCAGCGGCAACAUGAGCACGACGUGGCCGCCGACAACAACAGCCACAACAACAGCAAAUGUGAACGCCAAUGUGACAACAGCAAGCAACAUGCGGAAACGCACCGCAUCGGCGGAUAUGUUGAGUCGCAACAUUUCCAUCAUUUUGGAGAAUCUGCUUAAAAGCUACGAGCAAUCACAGCUGCCAACGCACGGACAAGGCAUUCCAACAGUGGUGCGGACCAACAUUCUCAUACGCAGCAUGGGUCCUGUCUCGGAGCUGGACAUGGACUACUCGAUGGACUGCUACUUUCGGCAGUAUUGGCAUGACAAGCGCUUGAGCUUCCAGGGGCCGAUACAAAGCCUAUCACUCAGCAUUAAGAUGCUGGACAAAAUUUGGCGUCCGGACACGUACUUCUUCAACGGAAAGCACUCGCACAUACACACAAUCACUGUGCCCAAUAAGUUACUGCGCCUGGAUCAAAAUGGCGGCAUUCUAUACUCGAUGAGACUAACAAUAAAAGCGACAUGCCCCAUGGAACUUAAAAACUUUCCGAUGGAUCUACAAUCCUGUCCGUUAAUAAUCGGUAGCUAUGGCUAUACAAAUCGCCAACUUGUCUACGAGUGGAAGGGUGAGGACGACGCGGUGUCAUUUGUGCCCGGCAUGACAUUGAAUCAAUUCGAUUUGAUAAGCAUGAAACAGCGUAACUUCACCUACACCAGGCGAGAGGGAGACUUCUCUGUGCUGCAUGUGGCCUUCAACCUCAAACGUCACACAGGCUAUUUUCUCAUACAGGUCUAUGUGCCCUGCAUAUUGAUCGUCGUGCUGUCAUGGGUCUCCUUUUGGAUACACCGUGAAGCGACCAGCGAUCGUGUUGGCCUCUGCGUGACCGCUGUGCUCACACUCUCCACGAUUAGUUUAGAUUCGCGCACCGAUUUGCCGAAAGUGAAAUAUGCCACUGCUUUGGAUUGGUUUCUCUUGAUGAGUUUUCUGUAUUGUAUUGCGACGUUGCUCGAGUUUGCGGGUGUGCACUAUUUUACAAAGGUGGGCAGUGGUGAGAUACCCAUAAGCGAGGAUGAAUGGGAGGACAUUGACGAAGGUGUGGCUGACGAUGAUGAAGGCGAAGAGGAGGCACAAAGUAGUUCGAUAAAACACAGUAAUGAGUCCGCGUAUGAAAUUCCACAUCCCUUGGCUGGCAACUUUUGUAAGCGCAACGCGAUGAUUUCCCCCAUUUACAAUGACCCCACACAAAUUUUUCCAGCACCGUCCUCACACGCCUCUACAAUGGAACGAACCACACAAACGGAGCCACCGGUUAUAUCAAAGGGAAAACAAAUGUGGCUUUGCCUAAUAGGCGAUGAUAAAUUUCGACGGCAGAGAGAACGUGCUGCAGCGGUUACUAAAGGAAGCCGCUAUGUGAACAGUGUUUCUCUGAUAGAUCGAGUUUCGCGUGUUGCCUUCCCAAUGUCUUUUGCUUUCUUCAUGCUACUCUAUUGGCUGGCAUACGGAAUGUACAAAAAAGAGUUCACCUGGUCAACGGUAAAGGGUUAAAGAAUAAACAACAAUCCCAUAGGAACAACCAUAUUUGAAAGCUGAAUCAAAGCACAGGAAAGGACAGCAGGGAAAUAUUAUUACAUACAUUCACGGCUAAUGAAGAAGUCAUCAGCUAUAAAUGCAUUGAAACACACACACAAAAUAAGCUUACGGAUAUAUGAAAAGAUAGUCCAUUAAACAAACAAAUGAAAAAUUAAAUAUUUUUGGCCAAUUUACUAAAAUAAAAUAUAAAUAAUGGAAAAAUGAUAUAGUUAACAGAAUGAGAGCAAUUAAAACAAAUAUUAACUAAACAACGAGCUUCUUUUAUAUUAUUAUAUUAUAAUUAGCCAAAGUAGCGAUUAAUAAUAUUAAUUUAUAUAACAUUCAAUAUUUACUUAAACGAAAGCAAACCGUACACAUAAUUAUUAUAUAAAAAUAUAUAUACUGAAGUAAGCUUGAAUAUUAUUUAUCAGCAAAACUGCGAAAAUUUUGUAUUUACAUACAGACGAGAAAAAUUAGUUGUAGUUAGCGUUAACAACCUGUGCCAAAUGGAAAAAAAAUUGUAAUUAAAGCAAGGUUUUUGGUAUGUUAUGGUUAGUAAUUACUAAUUCAUUGGAGUUAUAACUAAUAUUGAAAUUAUACUUACUUGAUAUUAAAAGAAUACUUUUUAUCUUGCCUUCAGACCACACUCAAAUUUGAUUCAAGAAACUGAACAUUUUUGGAAUACCUUGAUCACGAUCACGCCAGAUUUUUUGCCCUAAAGUAACUCAAAUCCAACAAUAAAAUAAAAAUAUAUUGUAAUAAUUUAAUAUUAAAUAUUAAUAAUAUAUUAAUGUAAUAUUGGGUGAUCCAUUGCGAGGUUCCCUACUUUUUUUUAAGGAAAAACUUCAAAUUUAAUGGGGAAUGUUUAUAAUCGUCCGAAAGCACGUUCUUUGGCAUUUAUUUUUUGAAGUUUAUAUCUUUCAAAUGUUGGUUGCGGCUACGUCUCAGAUGGUCCAUCCGUUGAGCCCAGUUUUGGGUGACGCAUUAGAGCAUAGUAUUGACCCGUAACUGGUGAAUGACACGCGUAAUGUUUUGCUCCAAGGCCUGAAUCGAUUUACAUACGCCACACGAAAAAUUAUAACCGUUGGAUGUCACAUGAUCUUGGUAGCCAAUCGACUAGCCCAAAAUGUGAAAUUAUGUAGCGUCGUCUUGUUGAAACCAAAUUUCACCAAAAUCAUAAGCUCCAAUUUCAGGCAACAAAUAGUCGGUUAUCACGUCGCAAUAACGGUCGCCAUUGACGUAUACGUUCUUACCGGCAUCAGUUUUGUGGAAAUAUAAACUGAUGAUUCCGCCGGCUUACAAACUACACCAAACCGUUGUUUUUUUCUGGAUGAUAUGGCAGCUCUUGAAUCUCAUCAGUUUGGUCUUCGUUCCAAAUGCGACAACUUUUCCUGUUUACAUAUCCAUUGAGCCAGAAAUGGGCUUCACUGAAUAAAAUUUUGAUCGAAAACGUCGGAUCUUCUUGAAACUUUUGAAGAACUCCUUGAGGGGGUCAAGCGGCCUCAGUUCUUGUACAAGCUAUAUCUUGUACGCUUUCAAUUUUAGAUCUCGACGUAUUAUUAAAUGCGUCAGGUCGCUCGAUACGCCAGUUCGAGUUACUGCGUACUGCGCCGAAUCGAUUAUCCGCGGUCUUCGUUAUCUCUCUUAGCUAGGCGACUAUAUUUUCACAGCGACUUCACAGCGUGCUGGACGUGGUAUACUCGGACGAAUAUUAUUCAAUAAUGAAUGCUGGGUCUCAAGAUGGGUGAGGGUGUUGCGAACAGUACGCUUAGGAGGCCGAUUAUGUUGACCAUAAGUUGGGCGAAGCGCUCGAAACACAUUUUUCACUUUCGUAAUAAAGUUGAAGGAUUUGUAAACAUUCAUCACACGUAAGUCGUUCCUUGAAAUGCCAAACUAUACUGAACAAAAUAACAUGACAGCUUGACAAGACUCACGCGUGUUCUGACAAAAAACGCUAUUGAAAUAAGUACCUCCACUUGGAUCACCCGUUACAUUCGAUAUGUAUAUGGUAUGUGCAGAGCAAAUCUAUUUCGUAUAUAUGUACAACCCUUCACUUAAUAAACUCAAAAAUAAAGUUCAAGAACGUAAGACAAAACUCUUAAAAAAGCAGGUAAAAGCAAAACACUACUAUAUGUACAAAAACACCAAACACUAAAUUUUUUUCAGAGAAAGCACAAAUUUAUAAAUAGAGAAUUUUGCUUCGUUUUGGCACAGGCUUUAAACUAAUUCAGAUAAGUAAAGUUAUUGCUUAUAUUAUAAAGAGAUUGUUGCAUUGAUGUUGUUGGUUGGUUUUAGAGAAAUAAAAUUGAAAUGAAACUGAA